GCCAAGGGUGGAGGAAAGAGGGGGAAAAAACUAUUUUGCUUGUUGGAAAGGACAAAGGACACUCGGGACGCGAGAGAGAGAGAGAGAGCUCACCGCUUUGCUUCCAAGGAACCGCCAUGGAGAAGUUGAAGCGAACGGUGGAUCAGGCCCGGGCUGCCUUCAACACUGGCAAGACACGCCCUUUGGCUUUCCGGAUCCAGCAGCUGAAAGCCUUGAAGAAGAUGUUGGAGGAGAAAGAGAAGGAAUUCGCCGCAGCCCUGAUGGCGGAUCUCCACAAGAGCGCACUCAACAGCUUCAGCUACGAGUUCAUGAUCAUCCUGGGCGAGAUUGACCAGAUACUAGAGAAGCUCCCCGAUUGGGCGAGCCCCCAGCCCGUGGAGAAAACCGUGAUGACGUUGGGCGACAAGACCUACAUCCAUCGGGAGCCCCUGGGCGUGGUCCUGGUCAUCGGGGCGUGGAAUUACCCCUUCGUCUUGGUCAUGGGGCCUCUGAUAGCAGCCAUCGCUGCAGGCAAUGCUGUGGUGGUCAAGCCGUCGGAGGUCAGCGAAAACACAGCCAAGUUGUUUGAAAAGCUGCUCCCUCAAUACCUCGACAAGGAUCUGUAUCCAGUGGUCAACGGAGGGGUGCCGGAGACGACAGAACUGCUGAAGCAAAGAUUCGACCACAUCUUGUACACAGGCAACAGCACCGUUGGCAAAAUCGUUAUGGAAGCCGCCUCCAAGCACCUGACCCCUGUCACGCUUGAGCUGGGCGGAAAGAGCCCCUGUUACAUCGAUGAGGGCUGCAAUCUUGAGGUGGCCUGCAGGCGGAUUGCGUGGGGGAAAUACAUGAAUUGUGGCCAGACCUGCAUCGCCCCGGAUUACAUCCUAUGCAGCCCAUCCAUUCAGAAGACCGUCGUGGAGAUCAUGAAAAAAAACCUCAAGGAAUUUUACGGCGAGAACGUUAAGGACUCCCCGGAUUACGAGCGGAUCGUGAACAAGCGUCAUUUCAAGAGACUGAUGGGCCUUUUGGAAGGACAGAAGGUGGCCUACGGGGGUGAAACUGAUGAGUCCACCUGUUUCAUAGCUCCCACCAUCCUGACGGACGUCAAUCCGGAAGCCCGCGUCAUGCAGGAAGAGAUUUUCGGCCCCAUCCUGCCCAUCGUCCCGGUGAAGGGCCUAGAGGAAGCCAUCCAGUUCAUCAACCAGCGGGAGAAACCCCUGGCCCUCUACGUCUUCUCCAACGACAAGAAGGUCAUCGAUAAAAUGAUUGCCGAAACCUCCAGUGGCGGAGUGACUGCAAACGACGUUCUCAUGCACUUUUCCAUCCCAGGUUUCCCUUUCGGGGGCGUCGGUAACAGUGGCAUGGGUGCCUACCACGGCCGUUUCGGCUUCGAUACCUUCUCCCAUCUCCGCGCCUGUCUCAUCCGGUCGUUCAAGAUGGAAGCCGCCAACAGUAUUCGGUACCCCCCGAACAGCCAGAAGAAGGUGGAUUGGGCCAAAUUCAUCGUCUUGAAGCGGUUCAGCAUGUGGAAGUUCGGCCUCGUCGCCCUGGCAGUUCUUGGCAUAGUGGCCGCCGUUGUGAUUAAGGUGGUGCUUUUCUGAGAGCGCAAUUCCGCAGAGGCCAUCGCACAACGUGGUGUUAAAAAAAAAAACCUGUUCCGUGCGUCUGUGUGUGUGUGUGUGUGUGUGUGUGUUUGUUUGUCGGGUGGGGUGUUUUUUCCUAACCCCUACUUACAAGAGUUAACGCAAUUUCUCCCUAAUCAUUAAACUCAAGUAGGGUGAGCGGCAAAGGUUGAUUUCUCGGGGUGAGAAAAUAUCUUCUAUAUUCUUAUAUUUCUUCUCUCCGGGAAAGACAAUUCGCACCAAAGACCGGAAAGCAGAAAAAUGAUUUCAGUAGAGGGCUUGGGGGGGAAAAAGGCCCCCAUGGUUAAAUUUUCAAGAUAUUUUUCUUACAGAGUCUUUUUUUUUUUUUUAAAGCAAGCUUGUUCUGUGUCAGGUGUGGAAAAAAAAUGGAAGUUUUCGUUGCUUUUGGGGGAAAUAGCAGCUUCUGCUUAUAUUUUCCCCCCGUUUUUGCU